AAUCCUUUGAAUCCUUUGAAUCCUUUGAAUCCUUUGAAUCCUUUGAAUCCUUUGAAUCCUCCUUUGAAUCCUUUGAAUCCUUUGAAUCCUUUGAAUCCUUUGAAUCCUUUGAAUCCUUUGAAUCCUUUGAAUCCUUUGAAUCCUUUGAAUCCUUUGAAUCCUCCUUUGAAUCCUUUGAAUCCUUUGAAUCCUUUGAAUCCUUUGAAUCCUUUG